CGCCAGAUGUUGGCGACCAAAAGUGUGGAGAACAUCCAGUUCCUGCCCUUCCUCACCACCGAUGCCAACAACCUGAGCUGGCUGGGCUAUGGCUGCCUGAAGGGGGACGGCACAGUGAUCACUGUCAACGCCAUCGGGGCAGCUCUGCAGACCCUCUACAUCCUGGUGUAUCUCUACUACAGCCCUGCCAAGCGCCCUGUGCUGCUUCAGAUCCUGCUGCUCCUGGCUGUGGUGGUGACCGGCUGUGGCUACUUCACCAUCCUGGUUGACACAGGGACACGCCUGGCACACCUGGGGCUCUUCUGCAGCAUCUUCACCAUCAGCAUGUACCUCUCACCGCUGGCUGACCUGGCCAAGGUUAUCCGGAGCAAGUCAACGCGGUGCCUGUCCUUUCCCCUGACCGUCACCACCCUCGUGGCCUCCAGCAGCUGGACACUCUAUGGCCUGCAGCUCCACGAUCCCUACAUCACAGUGGGUUGGGCUGGUGGGAUGCUGAGGGGUGCCAUCCCAUCCUAUCCCAUCUCAUUGUAUCCCAACCCAUCCUACUCCACUGCAUCCCAUGCAGUCCCAUCCCCAUCCUAUCCCACCCUGGCCUGCUUCAUCUGCUUCAUUCCACUCUGUUCUGUCCCUCUCCUGCACCAUCUCACCACACUCCAUCCUAUCCCAGCCUAUCCUAUCCUUCUCCACCUUCAUCCCCAUCCCAUCCCAGUCUAACCUGUCCUUCCCCAUUCCCACCCCAUUGCCAUCCCUUCCCCAUCCCCAUCCUACUGUCAUCCCAUUCUACUCCAUCCCAUCCCA